AUGGACACGACUGCAGCUCCGUCGUCGUCCGCUCCCAAGGCGCUACACCUCAACACGGAUGGCUCUUGUACUGACACGACGAUGAGCUGCAUUGACAGGAGCGCGGCGCUGGAUCCGGUGCAAGGUCUGACGACGCCAGACGGAGCUCAAGAGCAAGUGAAGACGUCGCUUAGCGCCUAUGAGAAGCUGCAGAACGGCUUGGUGCACUACUCGAGACGAGAAGACAAGAUUCGCGUGCUGCAGAGACACCCGGUAGUGGUCUCGGUGACGUCUGACGGACGCAACGUGAGCUGUAAGUGUGGACGCAACGUGCGCCUGAACCCGCCGUGGUACAUUCUCAAGUUUGAGCAGCACGUUGCAAGUCGCAAUUGCACGUUCUUACGCCAUCAAGAUGGAGAGAAAAAGAAACGGGUGGAGACAGGACGCCAGGCUGGAAGAAAAGGGUCGAGACAGACUCUCGAGGAACGUGGAAGUGCUGGCCGAGAGCUGGUGGAAACGAUGGCUGGAGACGGAAACAAUGAAGAUGACACUGGAGGUGUACAUGUGGAUGAGUACUCGUUGCAGUCUUUGGACGCAAUUCUUGAGCGGGUGUUUGGAGUCGAGACGUAUGGCCAGCGGAAGAUUGUGCCGCCGUCCGAGACGGCGUCGCAUGAUCGUGUGCGCAUGUUUAAAGGAGCUAUGGUACUGCGUGACAUUGCCCAGUUCAAGCGCAUUACACCGGACGGACGUUUCGCUGAGUGCAAGUGCUCGCGCAUUGUCUUACUUAGUGCACCCUGGCAGCCUAGUCAGUUUUUGAUACAUGUGGCGGACAAGCAGAAACCCAGGAAACGAUUGAAAAGUGCUUCUGAUGUAGUUACAAGGGCUGACUGGAAGAAGAAGAGGGUAAUGGUGUCUGAUGUAUCGACAUCAGUUGAGGAAAGACACGCAAGUUUGUCUAGUGGGUUGAUGAGACCACCUACAACUGCAUCUGCAUUGUUGCAAGCGCAUAUGGCAAAGAAAAAAUUUCCGCGCGAAAUUCGAUGGGAUGUCGCCCGAUCACGUGGUUUGUUCCCAUGCCCUGGACUGAGGGACGAGCGCAUGAACAUGUUUGUGACAUUUGCGAAUCAGCUCACGGGAGGUGCACGACAUCGACAGAUAAUUGCUCGCGAACUCUUUCCACAUCUUUUUUCUGAUAGCCUCGAGAGCGACAAUCCUUCUGUUGAUCAUGGCGUUGAGAUGGACCAUCCAAGCAGCCAACGCUCCUGCAAAAAGCGACAGCCCAGGCUCCAGCAGGAGCUUCUUGAGGCCGAAAAACUGCUGUUGCAUGACGUGAUUGAGGGUGAGGCACUUUGGUUUGUGGAUAAAGAUGGUAACUCGGUGCGUAGUCUGGAUUGUCUUGGCAUUAUUGACUCGGCCAAAGGUGCUAGCCGGUGCAUUUAUUGCACUUUGCUUGUCAGCAAUGCAGCACUGAGAGCAGCAGCCGCGACCAAAUACAACAAAGCGAUGCGCUCGGGCUUACCUCGUAACCCGAUAAAUCGUAAGUACUGCUCCGGGCGUGUGUGCUCCCUGCUUGAAGCCGAGUUCGACAUGGAAGAGCCUUUCGCUCGAGCACUUCGUGACUUGGCUCUCGCUGACAUUCCUGGUGCAUUAAACACAUGGAUGGAAAUGGCUGUAAUGGGUCUCUCAGGCGACUUUGACACGCAUCCAGCACUGCUCGGUCUAACCGAUGCUAUGGUGCGGUUAAAGGAUAAGGAAAGGCGGGGCGUAGGAUUGCAGAACAUGACGUACAAUUAUCCGCUUGACACGUUUAUGCGCUCGCUUGCCGAUGUAUCGCCCGAAGCUUGUGAGCUCUUCCAGAAACACUUGGGAGGACGCAAACUACGACACUCCUUGGUCAUUACGCCGAGACCACUACUUUCUAGUGGGCAAAACACGCAACCUCAGACAAGCAGUGAUGGCUUGAGACCAGAUCAAGGAGAUCAGCAGACAAGUGGCCCUCUUUACGACGGUGUCGGGACUCUGUCAAGUGCUGCAUCCGUGACAAGUGAUGAAGGCUUUGUGCACCUGAUGGACCCGUCCACUGUUGAUCUUGGAGUGCCUCAUUUAUCUAUCGGUGAUAUUGCAGACGUUGACUUGAGUACGCUCCCGUCAUCUUCGGCGACACAAGCCUAUGGAAACGGUGUCAAUCAUCCUGGCUAUGGGGAGAAAGCGGUCGCAACCAUGCCACCAGUAGUGACGGAGCCGAUGGUUUCAUCCUCGUCAUAUCAUUUGUCGGCGACUGAGCACGCUCGUAAGGAGCCGUUGUGCCAAGAUGACAUUUGUAUGAAUAAAACAAGUACAAGCACGGAUCUAGAAGCGCUCACACGUGCAAACAGUCAGAGCCAUGAGGAUGCAGCGCUUGAGUGCAAAGAGACCGAUGAGGACGAGCAGGUAGAGGGCAAUUCCAGCGCCGUUACAUUUCUUUCAGAGCUAGGGACAACGCCUGAGGACACUUGCACGGCAGACGGUGAAGUGAUGCCGAGCGACCAUGUACCGUGCACAGGACUUCGUGAUGAAAGCGUACAGGCAUACGUUGCUAAUGCUGUACAAAUAAUUGGCGGAAGCCGACCUCGUUAUGUGAUUGCACGCGAGCUUUUUCCACAGAUUUUCGUGAAUGACAAGAAGGUUCGCAUCAUCGAAAAGUUGAACGACGAGCAGCGGCUGCUAUUGCAGGAUGCUGUGUUCAGCGAGUGUCUUUGGCGAGUGGAUAAGGAGGGUCGUUGCGUUCGGAGUAUGCGUUGCAAACGGUUUGUGCCAGUUUUCGAAAACAAUGACCGUGCUUGUAGUCGCAACCACAAAGGCGCAUGCCGUGCCUGUCAGGAUCUGCGUACCGUGCCAAACUUCCGCAGUGUGCUUAGCCGCUCUAAGGUGCCCAAGAAACUGGAAAAUAUCAAGUAUGUGCCUAGUGUGUACACUGAAAGUGAUCCCUUCUUGCGCAAAUUGUCAAAGAAUUCGGCUUUUCGUGGACUCUACCAAUGCGUCAAGCGCAUGACUACUCGAGAACCUGGUGGCAAUAGUGUAGUUGGCGCCGAACAACUCGAACAAGUUCGCUUUUGGUUGCGCUUUGCCCGUAUGGGCGUCUUUGGACGCUUUAAGUCACAUCCUGUGUUUGAAGGGUUGAUGAAAAGCAUGGUAGAGGUGAAGGAUAAGGAGCGCCGUGGCGUUGGCAAGCAGAACAUGCAGUACUCACAGGCGUUAGAUGACUUCAUGCAGCGCAUGGUGCAAAUCUCUACCGAGGCAUUUGAGCUUUUUGCGACCGAGUUUUGCGGCCGCACUCUGCGAUCACAGAAGGUCAAGCAGCGAUCAACACUGACAAAUCCGCUGGUGUUCACUUCGCUAGCAAAGACGACUGAGGCAAUUUCACUUGAAGGUCUCGGCGGUUCGUUGGUAUCCUCAGCACACCAGCCGCUUGCUUCGCUUCAGCCAUCUCAACACCAGCAGUACCUCAUGCCGUCAGACGAUCUACUUAGUGGACGAAGCUUGUCUUCUGAGGAAAGCCAGCGCUUUAUGGAUUGCAUGCUGGAUGAGGUGCGCCUUUCAGUGAACCAUGAGAUGCAGCUCGUCGAAGAAGAAGAGCUAUGUCGCACUGUUGUAAAUGAAGGUGAUAUUGCAUCGAGUUCUGCGGAGUAUCAGCAGCAGACGGACAAUGACGAAGACGGCGUUCGACGGUCAGGUCCAGAGACCUAUUUGAACGAGGAUGGAGUGCUCAGUACCAAUAUAUAG